UCGUUGCAUAGUGUAAUUUUUAAAUGAUGACCAUGUAAAUGUAAGAUAUAAAGCAACAGUUAGUCUGAAUACCAUACGAUGAAGGACAGAGAUGAAAGUGUUAAGAGUAUACAUAGAAAUAAUACAGAUGGUGAUAAGAAACCACAAAGUGGUAGACGUUGGAUGAUAGUAUUCUCAGCUUUUGUCAUCAAUAUAAUAGUUGACGGAUGUCUGUUUUCUUUCGGUGUGAUCUAUGUACAGUUCCUUGAAGAAUUCAAAGAAACAAGGAGUAACACCGCUUGGAUAGGUUCUAUGUUAGAUUCAGCUCCCAUGUUAUUUGGUCCAGUUGCUAGUAUUAUCACUAAGCGUAUUGGGUUUAGAAAAGCGACAAUAUUAGGUGGUUUAAUAGGCUUCGCUGGAUUUAUAGCCAGUACUUUUGUCAAUUCUAUUGAGGCCUUGUGUUUAACGUUUGGACUUAUAGCUGGAUUUGGAAUAUCUAUACCUUACCUCAAUUCAGUUGUAGUUGUAACGGCCUAUUUUGAAAAGAAAAGAACGAUUGCUACGGGAUUUUCUCAGAGUGGUGCCGGGCUUGGAACUCUCAUAUUUGCUCCACUAUACGAAUUCCUUAUAGAACAGUAUGGUUGGCGAGGAGCUCUUACUAUAAUUGGCGGUAUUUUAUUACAAACAAUACCAUGUGGUGCAGUUUUCAGAAAUGUCAAUGAUUUUGUGGAAAUAGAAGACGAAGAAAUCAUCAUCGAAAAGCCAUUAGAAAGUAAUAUCAUGACAGAAAAAGAAAACUCUGAAUCCAUAGAUGUAACAGAAAAAAUCAUCGAAAAUUCUGGUACCAGAAAUACAGACAACGAAUCGAAAGCAAGCAUGUCAUUGUUAAGAAACAUUUACAAAAAUAUUUUACGUAAAUUUUCAAUGCUUAAAGACAUUAAUUUCCUACUGUUUACAUGUUCUUUGUUUAUUGUUUACUUUUGGUAUGAUCUCCCGUAUAAUUUUACAGUUGACCGAAUGCAAGGUUUUGGAUAUUCUACAAAGAAAGGUUCAUAUAUUGUAGCAGUAAUCGGUGCUUCUCAUAUUAUUGGUAAUAUACUAUUUGGUUUCCUGGGCAGCAAAAACGAAACAUUUAGAUUUUAUCUUUAUUGCGGAAGUUUAUGUAUCUGGGGAGUUAAUAUAUGUGCAGUUCCUUUAUUUAGAGAUUACAUUCCAAACAUGAUUUUAGCGGGAACAUUUGGAUUAAUAUCGGCAUGCCAGGAGGCAAUACAUGCAGUAAUAAUUAUUGAUAUUCUUGGUGAAGAUAAAAUUACAGAUGCGUAUGGCCUUUUGAUGUUUUUUGAAGGAAUUGCUAACUUAACUGGUCCUCCAUUUGCUGGCUGGCUGUAUGAUAUAUCUGGAAGUUAUGACAACACCUACAUCUCAGGCGGAAGUUGUAUAUGUUUUGCUGGAUUAAUGGUUUUGAUAACACGGAUUUGUUUUACGAAAAGCAAGAAUGUUUUGCCUGUAAAAAGCAUUGAAGACGUUUCAUAAUGCAUUGUUCAUUUUUCUCAAAGGAAUCGGUUCAAUAGAUGUAAGAGGAUGUGGUAUGAGUGCCAAUGAUACAAAUCUCUACAAAGUCACAAUUUGUAAAAAGUUAACCAGUAUAGGCCAAAGUUCGGCCUUCAGUCAUUAAUGUAUAAUUGCUGAACAAGUCAUUGUUAACAUGGUUAAUGCCCAUUAUGGCUUGAUGUUCGGUGUGAGCCAACGCUCCGUGUUGAAGACCGUACUUUGACCUUUAAUGGGUUACCUUUACAAAGUGUGACUUGGAUGGAGAUUUGUCUCAUUUGCACUCAUACUACAUCUUCUUACAUAUACAUUGAAUUUAUAAACUUUUGACAUUCUACGUUUUUAACAUAAUUAUUCAUAAAAAAAAUCAUGAUAUGUCAAGUCUAUAUGUUUUCUAUUUCUCUCAAUAGUACAAAUGAGCAAGUCCAAAGUCUGGAACCCCGUCAGUGAUUGUCCUUAGUCUACUCUAAGGACAUUUGGUGUUGAUGGUAUGUCUUUCAUUGGCAUUCAAAGCGAUCUUAAUCUCUGCAUAUACUACAUUGACUACAUAAUACGGUUUGGUUAAUUAUCAAUACCAUAUGUUUUCCUUCAGAUGUCUUUUGUGUUGUGUAAUUUGUCAUUGACACGAGAUUUCGGAUAAUUCAAAACACGUACAAAUUAAACGAUUGAACUUAUUUUUAUAACAAAACAAUUAAUAUUUCUUUCGUUUUAAUCCUUUCUAUUUUAGCAACUAAUGUCAGACUGACUAAUACCAUUUUUGCACCGCCAGAAAGAACUCAGAAAUAGCAUUAAAUAGCAUUGGACGAGGCAAUAUAAUGUCACUUUAAUUCUACUACAAGCCAUCUUAGAAUUCCGUUAAAUUAUGAAGGAAAAACGUAUCUUUCCAUUGGAAAUGUUUCAAACUGUUAGGGACACUAAUUAGUGCCUAACAUAAAUUGAGUUUUGUGUUGCAUUAAAUGAAUAUACAUGUACAUUUUUUAACUUAACGCGGCAAUGCAUGUUUUUUUAAUUGUGAACAUAGAAUAUUGACAAAUAAUUUUGAAAAAAAUGUUGUUUUUUUUUCCAUAUACAACAUUGCUAAAUUUUACAAGUCUAAUAAUGCUUCCUUGAUGGUCACCGAUACAGGUAUUCCGCUGAGCUGUGACAGUCCCUGAUUCUUGUUUAAUGUGUUUAACGGGAACAUGACAGAUAAAGAAUGUUAUGUACAUUCAACCUGGAACAAAUAGUCAUCUCGAUAAGAUUGACAAUGAACACUCAUUGCUAUAAAUAUAAGUUUAUUUUCGGCAUCUUCUGGUUUUAUAAACAUUGAUAAAUAUGUAAGUUCUAAUUAUUUACUGUUGUUUCUACUGCAUGCGACUAUAGUAUGGUAAUACGAAUAAUGCAAGCAUACCAAGAGAUGAUUUAUCUGUUAACACACGCUAUCACUUCUUCGAUUGGAAUCGUGGAAUUCCGAUUAUUUUCAACUCAAUUUGUAUAUAACAUGUUAAAUAAGGAGAUGUGGUAUACUUGUUAUCUACACAAUCAUUCAAGGUAAACCUAAGGACGUAAGAUGCAAGAAAAUAUUUGUUACAGUAUUUUUAACCAUUAAUAACACAAUCAUGUUUAGAGAUGCUUUUUAACCAUUAACACAUGUUUAGAGAUGCAUGAAAUUAUUUGUGUAUUUCUGUCUCUUUCGGAAGUUCAGAACAGAUUCUACC